GCCAGUCCAGGCAUUAGUGCAGGAAAAGUGCAAAAAAUUAGUGCAAAGAUGGAACACGCAUUACGCACGGAGGAACAAUACUUGCUGUAAUGUAAAUAGACCAAGUCGAGACACGAAGACAUCACUUGAAAUGUGUAAGCCAUGAAAGAUUGCUGCACUUCCUUCGAGGGACAGUUUUGCAACCGUUCAGGUUAGGCUAUUUGAUUUGACGCUGACUGGGUGACUCGUAUGAGUGCAUUUGGGUGUCACAAACGCCUUAAACAGUUUAACACGUCCCAAAUGCACCCCCUUUCCACAGGGCCAAUAUAGCUGCAGCACACAUAACAGUAGGGUGACCAUAUCGCUCACUACACGGAACAUAUGACUGGCAGGCGGAAGACAACGGAGCACAGACCUAACGCAGCGGUGGCUGUAGGGGAGGGGAGCUUUACGAUCGACAGAGAGAGAGAGAGAGAGAGAGAGAGAGAGAGAGAGAGAGAGAGAGGACAGAGAGAGAGGAGGGAGAACGCACCAGGAUAGCUUGUGGUUUUCCUCGGAACGACUCCGUCAUCAGUGACUAAAACAAGAUUUGUCGAUGAAAACAAGUGUUUAUCUGCGAUGUUAAAGCGGGGAGCGGAUUCAAAGCUUGCUUCCGACUUUCGCUCACACAACGUGAGCCACCAAACAGAGGAGCACCACCACAGCAGGAUAAUUUAAGUUGCCGGUGAUUUGAACAGUUCACAGAAGACAAGACAAACAGUCCAGAGACGAAGACUUAACUGGCGAAAAUAUGAUGGAGUACUGGAGGCAGUGUGCGUCUUGGUUGAUCAACUGCAAGGUGCUUCCACCGACGCACCGUGUAACAUGGGAGUCUGCCCAGGUGUUCGAUCUUGCCCAAACACUUCGGGACGGGGUUCUUCUGUGUCAGCUCCUUAACAAUUUGAGACCACACUCCAUCAACCUGAAGGAGAUCAAUUUGAGGCCACAGAUGUCACAGUUCCUGUGCUUGAAGAACAUCCGGACGUUCCUCAGCGCCUGCUCGGAGAUCUUUGGCAUGAAGAAGAGCGAGCUGUUCGAGGCCUUUGACCUCUUUGACCUGCGGGACUUUGGGAAGGUGAUGGACACAUUGUCCAAGCUGUCACAGACGAGCAUUGCACAACAAACCGGAAUAAGAUCCUUUCCAACAGAAGACAGUGUUGAGGAUGAGGAGAUUUACAACCAUCUUGAAGACCUCAUAGAUGAGAACGGGGUGGAGGAUGAGGAGGACCUGUAUGACUGUGUGUAUGACGAUGGAGAGGGAGAGGAGGUGUACGAGGACCUGAUGAAGGCCGAGAGCGUACCGCCACCCAAACAGACAGAGACGGACAUCAGGAGCUGCUGCCUGACAGAGAUCAAACAGACCGAGGAGAAAUACACAGAGACGCUGGACUCCAUCGAGAAGUAUUUCCUGAAGCCUCUGAAGACGUUCCUCACUCCUCCGGAACUGGACACGGUCUUUGUGAAUAUUCCCGAACUUGUCCAGGUGCACAAGAGACUCGUCGAGGAGGUGAAGGAGUCCGUCACGCACAACAGCGCCAAGAAUCUCUAUCAGGUCUUCCUCAACUACAAGGAGAGGUUACUUAUCUAUGGCAAGUACUGUAGCCACGUCGAGACAGCUAUCGCAGCACUUGAUGACAUUUGCAAGGAGAAGGAAGAUGUUCGGCUGAAGCUCGAGGAGUGCUCCAAGAGAGCUAACAAUGGAAAGUUCACCCUGCGGGACCUCCUGGUGGUGCCGAUGCAGAGAGUCCUCAAAUAUCACCUUCUGCUGCAGGAAUUAGUGAAACACACUCUGGACACGACUGACAAGAGUAAUUUGCGGAAGGCCCUUGACGCUAUGAAGGACCUGGCACAGUACGUUAACGAGGUGAAAAGGGACAAUGAAACACUGAGGGAAAUAGAUCAGUACCAGAAGUCCAUCGAAAACUUGAAUCAGCCUCUGCGUAACUAUGGGCGACCAAAGGUUGACGGAGAAGCACGCGUAUUCUCGCUGGACAAACGGGCAAAACAGGACCGUCACAUCUUCCUGUUCGAUGCGGCUGUGAUCGUCUGCAAGCGGCGGGGAGACAACUACGAGAUGAAGGAAGUCAUCGACCUCUACAACUUCAAGGUCACCGACAACCCCACAGCCGACAAGGAGAACAGAAAGUGGUCCUAUGGAUUCUUCCUCACGCACAAUCAAGGCCAGAGUGGCUUCGAGUUCUUUUUCAAGACCAAAGAACUGAAGAAGAAGUGGUUGGAGCAGUUUGGCAUGGCUCUGUCCAACAUCCGGCCAGAGAAUGGCAGCAGCAGCCAUGAGUUCCGCAUGCACACCUUUGAGAGGAUCACCUCCUGCAGCGCGUGCCACAUGCUGCUGAGGGGCAUCUUUAAUCAGGGUUACCAGUGCAGCAAGUGUGGAGCAGGGGCCCAUAAGGAGUGCCUAGGACGACUGGGAUUCUGCGGAAAAAACCCAGAUGCUGGCUCCUUCAGAACACAGGAAAGAAUGCAAAGGCGAUCAGCAGACCCAGGUCUACCUAAGAUGCAGGUGAUCCGCAACUACUACGGGGUGCCCGUCCCCGUCGGCGGCCCGCCACUCAACAUCCAGGUCGGGGACGUCAUAGAGCUCCUGGGCGCAGACCUGCACAGCACCUGGUGGCAGGGUAAAGUCGUGGCGACGCGAGAGGUUGGCUUCUUUCCAAGUGACGCAGUGAAGCCGUGUCCGUGUGUACCCAAACCUGUUGAUUACUCCAGUCAGCCGUGGUUCGCUGGGCAGAUGGAGAGGGGGCAGGCUGAGGUGGAGCUGACCAACCGCGUCAACAGCACCUACCUGGUGCGGCACAGGAGAGGGGAGAGCACCGAGUACGCCAUCAGCAUCAAGUACAACAACGAUGUGAAGCACAUCAAGAUCCUGGCCAAGGAUGGCGGCGUCCACAUCGCGGAGAACAAGAAGUUCAGGAGUGUAUUAGAGCUAAUAGAGUACUACAAGCACCACUCGUUACGGGAAGGCUUCAAGAGUCUGGACACCACGCUGCAGUUCCCUUACAAAGAGCCCGAAAACGCACUCAUGCACCGCGGCAACCGAGCCGGAAGCAACAUGUUCACCCCUAAAGUGAUUGGGGUGGCGAUCGCGCGUUACGACUUCAGCUCGCGGGACACUCGGGAGCUCUCGCUGCAGGAAGGAGACGUGGUGAAGAUCUACACCAAGUCAGGAGCCAACGGCUGGUGGAGAGGAGAAGUCAACGGACGGGUGGGCUGGUUCCCCUCGACCUACGUGGAGGAGGGAGAGGAGUGAGGAGGAGAAGGAGAAGUGCCAGCCAGCGCCAUCGCAAGAGGAGACGCGAAGCAACGAGCAAGGCAACCAAGCAAGGCAACCUGAAGGAAAGCGCAGGGACAAAGAAAAGAAAGAGAAAGAGAGAUUGACAUGGAUAGAGAGAUGAAUGGACAUACUUGCGAAGGAGAAGCUGCUCUCUCCACACUGUAUCUACAAGUGCUUUGCAUUGAUGGACUGUGGUCCGUAGGACUCGACCUGUCUGUGGGACAAAAAGUGAAAGCAAAGAUUUUCUGGGUCCACGGUCUCUGGUGAACUGGAGAGAGAGAGGGUUGUGGUUGGUUUUGUACGGGUUAGUCCCUUCCCACAGUUCCCCUCCACCUACUCUACACUCACCCAACUCAUCCCUUGCCCAGCCCAAUGACAAUGACCGCCAGGUCCAAACACAGAUCUGAAUGUUUGUUGCUGGGAUAUUGUCCCUCCAUGCCACUCCCCUCUCUUCUCUGCCCACCCCUGUCAUGUGAAGCUGCCCCCAGCUUCAGCCCUCCACUACCCCAGGGCUGCGGCCUGGCCCACCACAACAGCACCUAUUCCCCAAACCAGCCAGGUUUUAGGCUAUUUUGGCGGGGCAGUCACCCUCUUCAAAGCCCAGAUCCCGGAGUUGCCCCAGGAUGUCCGCUGUCGACUAACCCAGUCCCCCGUCCACUACCCCUCAGGUCACUGGCACCAGGCACCAGGCCCCAGGCCCAAGCCCAGCCCAGCGACACCCCCACCAGUUCUGCACAUCCUCAAGCAGCGCCCGCGGCUCUCCCCGGUGGUGCCUGUCAUGUUGGGGUGUGUGGUGAUGGAGGAAGAGGAAGAGGAGGAGGGGUAGGAGGAGGAGGAGGAGGAGGAAGAGGUCGGAGUAGUGUGACAUCUGCUGACAGGUUAAUGGCCGCGUGACGCCUCCGCGGGGGAAGCUCCGACGCCCAACCGUCUGAACAUGCACCUCCUCUCUCACUCUAACUCUCAAUCUGUGUGUGUGUGUGUAUGUGUGUGUGUAAAAGACAAAUGCACACAUGCACACUCAAAGAUGCCACAACAGUCGCACAGAAACCACAGGAACCUAGAUAGACUCACACACGCACACACGCCCUACACACACACACACACACACACACGU